UGCUUCUCAUCCGACCUCUGGACUGAUCCUACCCCAGGCAUCGAGGGGAGGGCGGCUUGCUGCCUCGCAACCGCUCGCCAGUCUUUGCACGGCAUGAGUCUCGUAGAUGGUUCAUUUGCCACCGUAGGCUUUUCCUCCGGCAAAGGGCUGUCGGGGCCGCCGGGAUUAAAAGGGGUAGAUCCAAACAAAGGAUCUGAGGAGCAGCCUUCUACUGGGUCUGCCCCAGCACGGAGGGAAUUCCCCACCCCCCAAAAGCAAUAACGUUUAGUAUUUAUGGAGCGGUUUUGCGAGCGUGUGAAGUUUUCCCAGCUUCAUUCUUGCACAACAACCCGAUAAGUAAGGAAUACGAUGGUGAAUGAGGAAGAAGGUACUUCUCAGCAGGGAGAGCCUAAACCAGCAGAGACGCGUGAGCUGUCGUCCGAGAGUUGUCAGGGGCACGCUUCCGCAGGCCUUGAACCAGAAGGAGACGAGAUGAGUGAGGCUGGCCCGGAGGCUGAGCCCAGCAGCGCCACCCAAAAAGCAGAGAGCGAUCCCCUCACUGUCAACGGAGGCUCUCCAGGGAGCGAAAGUGCAGGCACGUUUCUGCCACAGACACAGUAUAUCUGUCCCGUUUGUGGAGAGUGCUUCAACGGAAGCUCCGGCCUCGUUGAGCACCAGAAAGUCCACAAGGAGGAGAAGCGCCACACAUGCCCAGUCUGUGGAAAGGGCUGCAGCCAGGAAGUGGAUUUAGUGGAGCACAUGCAGACCCACACGGACGAGAAGCCCUUUUCUUGCCUGGAAUGUGGGAGGAACUUCCUUUUCAGCUCUGACCUGGUCGCUCAUCAGAAAGUCCACACGGGAGAGAAGCCCUACAUCUGUCUGGAGUGUGGCAAGGGCUUCUCCCAGAGCUCCCAGCUCAUGUCUCAUCGGAGAGUCCACACCGGGGAGAAGCCUUACGAGUGCAUCAUCUGUGAGAAGAGCUUCCGCUCCAACUACGACCUGGUCAACCACCAAAGGAGCCACACAGGCGAGAAGCCCUACAUCUGUUCCGACUGUGGGAAGAGCUUCACCCGGAGCUCGCACCUGAUCUCCCACCAGAGGGUUCACACUGGGGAAAGGCCCUACCCCUGUGGGAUCUGUGGGAAGCGGUUCCGUGAUUGUUCGCAUCUCAUCAGGCAUCAGAGGGUCCACACUGGGGAGAAACCUUACGAGUGCUCCAUCUGCGGCAAGAGCUUCCGGGUCAACUAUGACCUUGUGACCCAUCAGAGGAACCACACUGGGGAAAAGCCUUACGAAUGCCCCGAUUGCGGGAAAGGCUUCAAGCGGAGCUCACACUUGAUCUGCCAUCAGAGGGUCCACACGGGGGAGAGGCCCUACCCCUGCGGCAUCUGCGGGAAGAGCUUCAGCUACAGCUCGGACCUUAUCAAGCACCAGAGGAUCCACACAGGCGAGAAGCCUUACGAAUGCCACAUCUGUGGAAAGAGCUUUCGGAUCAACGCCGACCUUGUCACUCACCAGAGGAUCCAUACCGGAGAGAAGCCCUACACGUGCGCCGACUGCGGGAAGUGCUUUGCUCGCAGCUCACGCCUCGUGUCCCACCAGAGAGUGCACGUCAAGGAUGGGAGCCUCGGGGCUGCCCUGUCAGAGACCAAUGCCUCGCCUGUAACGACGGCCUGGUCCCCAACGCCGGGAUCUGUCUGGAGCCAAGACGAGAAGGCGUCCCCCGCUCACAAGCAGAGCAGUGACGCCACGCCCCUGGCCGGCCUCACCAACUCUGCUCAGUUUGUCAGCGAAGGAACUCAAGUUACUCAUGUGGGUGAGAUAAAAAUGGAGUGUCCUUCUUGAUUCUUGAUAAUGUAGGAGUCGAGAGUCAAGUGAGCUGGUUGCAAAACACCUCUUUCCAGCAGCAGAGGGUUAGGAGUACCAGAGAAUCCUUUCACUUUAAUCAGGCGCUUAUAGGAAGUUUUAAAACGGAGGCUUGGAUAAGCCUUGUGCGGACUAACUGACGGAGUCUCUGAGCUGCCUUUCACAUUGUGCAUCUAUGAGAAGGUUUGUGUCGCCAUGAGGAACAAUAAGGCAUCCAUGUUCGUGGCACAGUCCCACCAGCCAUAUCUAAAUUAAAAGCCAUUAAAAAACUGUGUCGUCCUCAUUGCUUCCCCAAAGGAAUCCCACCAAAUAUAGUUUGAUGGGGGUGCUGGGAAUUCUUGAUGAGAGAUUUCUAGAUUUCUUUGUUUUUUGAGCAGGUGUGAAGUAUAAAAAAUGGGAUGGUGGGGGUACAUUUCUAAGAAAAAUCAACUUGAAGGGUGAAAGGAGCAAGAAAAACGGUUGCUUGUUGUAAUAGACUUUUCUUGGUGAAAUACUUAUUUUGUGUUACGUUUCCCCCCAUUGUUGUACACAAGAGAUCCAUAGAAAAUAACCAGGGCUUUUCUCUGCUCCUGCUGGGGAAGGUCACGGCUCUUAAAACAGUUUGCUUUAGACAUGGCUGUAGAUUCUCUUCUCAUAAGCACAGUAACUAUCUGCUGUUUGUCAUCUUCUAGCAGAUUGCAAUCAAUAAAAUAAAAGUAUUUUAGUUGAGUAGUUUGGAGCUUUAAGUCAUUAAUAGAAAUUAUUUAAUUUAAUUUAUAAGGCAUGAGCUUUCCCUGUAGGGUUGAGUGCAUACAUGGAGAAGAAUUUCCACAGGAUGUAACAGAGCCUCGUUUUCUCCCCAUCUUUUCCCAGGAUGAGCAUCUGGGCACCUAGGGAGGUGCCAUGCCAGGCUGUUACGGAGCAGGGAAGGCAUGUGCGUUCUCCCUCUCCAGCCUGACUCCUGUACCACAGGGCUGGGCAGUGGGAGGAUCCUCAGAUAUUCAGGGCUCUGACUCCCAGAAGCUCCUGCCAACACGGCCAACGAAUCAGGAAUGCCAGGAGCUGAAGGACAGAACAUCUGGGUCUGCUUUCUGGCUACCUUGGCUCUGCAUGAGGGUGUGUGUUCUUGGAGAGGGUAGGGAGGGGAAGGCGUGGGUGGAGUGGGCCGGGGCAUCUAGGCCUCCCAUUCUCCCCGAUGCCUCGGCACUGUGGCUGUUCAGAUGUGCAGGUGUACAGCUCUGAACAGGGAGAACAGGCCUGUGCUUAGGACCUGUGGUGGCUUCUCUUUGCACCUGUGCAGCGAGGAAACAUGCCCUCUUGUUUCUGUCUGAAGGUGCAAUGCAAUAUUCUUUUCCAAGAAAUCUCAAUCCAGAUAGGCAAAACAUAAAAACUAGUCUGGCACAGAAAAUUUAGUCUGCUUAUAAAAACUUCUCUCCCCAGUAGUCCUCUGCUGAUCCCUUUCCCUUGCAGCUCUGUAUCUUUCUUGCAAUCUUGUCUCUCACUGUGAUAACUCAGUUGUCUGCCAAUGGGUGACUUCUCGUUUAGGCUGCAGUUUAUCAUGGAGUAAGUUCCACUGAACACUUUGGGGGCUUGCUUCUGAGUAGGCACAUCGGGGGUUGCACUGUCAGUUUGGAAGCAGUUAGCAAGUUGAUCAUGAUGUAUUUGUCAGCCAGUAUCUUGCCUUAUGCCAGAGGAGGCAACUUGUGGCUCUGCAGAAGUUUUGGCCUGCCACUUCCCUGAAGCUUUGGCCAGUAUCCCCAGUCAUAAGUCGUCAUGGCAGCAGUUGGGCAAAACCUCUGGAGGGACACAGGUUGCCCAUCCCUGGAUGUGAAGCCACAGGUGACCAAGCAUUGUGCGGAAAUGAGCACACAGCCAUGCUGGAGGCGGGGCAGGGCGCUCCGGCCCCCCUCUGCAUCCCUGUAUGGAAACCCAGUGGGCACUGGAGGGGGCUGGAGCUCUCUGCCCCCCUUGGCCAGCUGGUGGCAUGCCAGACAUGUUCUCUCUGCAGGCUAGUGAUGUGUGUGGUCCUAUUUGCAAGGCUGUGGCAGGCUAUAAGAAAGGUCAGUGCAAAUCAAGCAAAAAGGGGUUGCCUGUGUGAGGGGAAGGACCCAAAAUGGCCCAAAAGUAUUGGCAUAGGAAUGACCUGAGCAAAACUGCCCAUGAGCAAAGGUUUUACCAGGUGUCUGUCUGUCUGUGUGACUGUCUGUGAUUGUCUCUAUUACAUUGGUGUGGACAAGAAGGUUAUACUCCUCCUGUGUUCAGCUGCCACUACAGUGUGUCGAUGCUCGCUCACCACAGCCAGCUGGCUGCCGAUCAUGUGAAGGUCUGUUAGUAUCGCGCCUGACAGAAAGCAGUCUCCAGGAGCACGAUACCAGGGUGGGGUAAUGGAGCGAGACUCACAGCUGUGUUCUGGGAACUCGCAAAGGGGUGUUCAGUUUGAAAAAGCACCUGCCUCUUGUGGAAUCGCGCUUUUGUCACAUGGUGUGAAAGAGCAAUCAUAGCUUGAUGUAAUAAUGGCCCAUCAUGACCUUUUCUUUGAUGUGAGUUUCAGAGGACGCGGCAGUGAGCGUGGGCAACUGCAGGGCUUUCGUUAUGACUUCGAUUUGUCGGGGAAGAGACUCCCCAGGUUUCUCGGUGCGCACAUAAUGGCAAACAGACCACGCAUGGAAGGUGCACCAGCGGCACUUUGCCUCGUCUUCUAGUAGGUACAGGGCAACAUUUUUAAAACGGUAGCUUAUCAUGAUGUGUAGACCAGUCUGUAUAUCCUGCUGUGUCUACUGGAAUGUGAGUAAGGGGAAUUAAACUAAAUCCAGCAUAUGGUUUUCCCAGACUGGAACUGAGCUUAGAACACGAUUUGAAAACCUCCGAGUACCAACUGGUACAGAGCAACUUCUGGGGUGGUUCUGUGGGUACACCUGGUACAUUUAGCAGAAUGAGGGGGACGCUCACUACGGGGUGCCUUGCCCAGGGGCCUGCACGUUCCCUGUCUGAGGAAAGAGGCUCUUUCUCACCUCUUCAUCUACUGCAAGCUUGCCCACUUGCAGGCCACAGACUGAAGAUAAGCAGCGGAUGAGGAAGGAGAACUAACCCAGCUUCCGUGUGCUGCAGGGUUGCACCGUGCUGCUUUCGUCCUUAGUCAGCCUCUAACUGCUAGAAGGUACCACUGAAACCUUUCCCUGCUAGGCCGUGCUUAAACUGUAGUUGCGGUUAAAGAUUCCUGCGUGGCGCUGGUUAUUAGAAAGUUAGUUCCUUCACAGGCUUUCUCUGUGGCAAUAGGCCUGAAAGCCCCCAGACAGUUCAGAAGACGGUAAUUUUCCCAUGCCCAAGUGCUGAGGGAUGAUAAUACGAAGAAUAACAUAGAGGUGUAUGGUGUGCAAGAGACUGGAUGCAUUAAAAAAAAAACAUUUGCUUUCCUAUCAUGUUAUAUUUCCUUCAGCCUCAAGUAAGAAAAUGCAAUAUUGAUGUAUCACUUCCUCUGAGUUAAUUUCAUAUUUCCUCUUUGUUACGUUUCAAUUCCCUGUGGAUUUUGUAGACUUUUCUAGAUAGUAUAUAUGUCUAACCAUCUAGUAUUCAGAUUAGGGUACAAUACUACAUGGAUAUUAAUCACUCCAUUGCUUAUGCAAAUCAUCAUUUAAAUGUGAAUAUUUAAAUUUUCCUGUGGGAACCGGAGCAGAACUGGUUCAGAUGUGCAAAACCAUUUACCCUUUGGCCUCAGCCGGGAUAAUUUCAGCCACCGUUUAAGCUGAACUGGAGCUGAAUCAGAAAUGUUAAGCGUUAACUCCUGCCAUUUAAAUUAUUUCAUGCUGCCACCAAAGGUGGAAUUGUUGACAGCAGCCAAUUACUUCUUGCUGUAACCCUGCUAUUGCACUCUGUAAUUCUGUCUUUCUUUAAAGAUAAUAAGAGGGUAAACUCAGUUGGCCAAAGCUGAACGCAAAGUGCAGAAUCAGAGAUGAUGUACAGCUUAAAGGACAAAUACCUGUUUGUAGGAGACUCGUACUAGGAAAGUUGGCGUUAACUGAAGCACUCUUUCCAUUUACAUGGACACGCGCUAUUGAAUUGGCCAUACAGGUUGAGGCAUGUUAUGGCUGAGUAGCCUGUGAACUGCACCAAAAAUAAGGCUUUUCCUCCUAUUAGACGGAUCCAGAUAGCAUUAAUUUGAUCGGAAUUGUACUUUCUCUUUAGCUUGGCCACCUGAAUUGGAAGGAGGUAGUAUCUUGUGGGGGGGUGGGUGGGGGGAAUUCUGAAUUUCUAUCUGGAUUAGAUUAACCUCAAGCUUUCUCUCUUUUUAAUUUGUUUAUUGUUCAGGUUUUUUUAUAUCUUGUCUACUGUUCUACCCAUAUUCCUAUUAAUUCUUAAUCUAUUGUCCCUGUAGACUUGAAUCUUUAAAUUUAUUGUAUCCCAGUUUCUUAUGAUAGUCAAUAAAGUUUGUUUAAAAUGUA